AGAAACACUGACUUCCGGAUAAACAAACGAUCAGCAAUUUAACGGUUAAUAUCUUAUCUGACAAGUAUUUUAGCGGAAUUUUGUAUCUGGUGCGCAGUCGCAUUUAAGCUGUAAUGAAUUCGCUUGUGGGAUACGGGCUGUCGUCCGAGUCAGAGGAUGAAGAGAGGGGAGAGGACAAUCGGAAGGAGUCCAUCAAAAAGACAGACGAUGUUGUGGUGGAGAGGAAAAGCCACAAUUUCCUGUUGGAGCCAGAAUCACCUUCCAGUGAGUCUGAAUCUAGUCCAGAGAAUGCGGAUGAAGAGGUGUCUAUUGCUGAUCACUCCUCCUCUGGGUCCUUCCCAUCCAUCCGUCCUCAAACUCGGAAGCUUCCGCCUCCACCUCUGGGAGGUUCCAGCUCAGGUGGAGUGCUCACAGGCAGCAGUGUGUUUGCGAACCCCUUCAAAGAAAUGGCUGAAGGGAGACUGAAUGUCCUGCAGAAACAUGUACCACUUACUCUACAAGCUCGCCCAACCCAGAUCGGUGGUAAGCGCAUUUGUGUGGCCUACAGAAAGGACGGUCGUUGCCGUUUUGGAAUCAGCUGCAAGUUUGCGCAUGACAGCGAUCUGCAGAGUAGCAAUGUGGUCACUUCUGACAGUGGACCAAAAGACAAUGCCUCUGCCAGUGUUGUAGUAGGUUCAUAUAAUCUUGAUCCAGUGGCUUCUCAUGACGUAGACAAGGAGACAGAUGAAGGGAAGGACAGUGAACAGCGAAAAAAGAAAAGGGUGGGGGUGACUGAUUCUCUCAUUCCACCAAAACGUGCACUCAAGCAGUAUACCAGACUCUCACACCACUAAAAGUCGACAUUAUAACAAUUCAGAAUCCCAGGACUUUCUGUCUGUAUAAAAAGAUUUUGGGAACAACACACUUUUAUGUGAUAUAUACUUAAGAUAAGUGUGUUAUGUUUGUUAAAUUAAAAUACUACUAGGAAGCUUGUGAUAAUCAGUCUUUAUAAUGUGUAACAGACAGAUGUUAUUGUUUCAUAUACAAAGAAACUAUUAUUAUAAUUAACUGCAUCAAAAACUUAAAGGUGCACUCAGCGAUUCCUGAGAAACACUGUUGAUAUUCGAACUCAACUGCCAAAACAAACACACUCCUCCCUUCAGUACUCCUUUGGAAGCUCCGCCCCCCCAAAUUCAUGCAGGUCUCUUUAUCAUAGCUGAAGCGAAGCAAAGUAAUAAUCUAAUACGUUAAUAAACGACAGAGAAGCAGUAUACAAAACACAGCAACUAGAACUAGCGAGAGUUAGUUGUUUAGUUUGAUUUUACAGUAACGCAUACAAAAAAAAACAGUGACUGAAAAAUGUGUUUUUAAAUAUUCGUGGCUACAAAACUCUUUGCAAACGUUGUUCAGACAAAUACCAUUAGACAAUAAGAGCGAACAACAACACAGCAAGUUAUGUAAAUAACGUUAGCUCCUGCAUCCAUCUUCAAGCCUUUUACCUCUCCACCGCUGAAAAGCCUCGCCGAUGUUGAUGUGGCUCCUAGCCCUCGACUUAUCAUAAUCCUUCUUUUUUAGUUAAUUUUCAUCUGACCCUUUUCUCUUGGUCUGUUUCUCAGCCAUUUGUCCUUCUUUGAGUUUAGAAAGUUCGCAUCAGCCAGAUUUCCCUCUCACUCUGCCCCCACCCCCCAUCCUGUGCACGCACAAGAACCACCCCCUGUUGCUGAUUGGCUGGAGUGGUGUUGUGUGGAUCGGUCCGAUCCACUUUGUUUUUGUCCCAUUUACAGAGCCAGAUAUUUGCUGAAUUUGACAAAAAGUGUAUUGGAUUAGAAUUACUGAGUGCACCUUUAACUUUGUGGAAGACUUGUUACGGUGUUAGUUUGAAAAACUUAAAUUACGUAAGGAGCAGUGCCGUUAUGUAUGCGGGAAAUUUCAAUUUCUAUAGCAUCCCAAAACUCCUUUGGGUGAUUCUAAUGAAAUUGACCUGAUCUUAUUUUACCCCAAAAUCAAAGUUAACAAAAAAGAAAUUACAUUUUGCCUAUUGAAAAUAAAGCCCGUUUUAGGGCCAUUACAUUGUGACAUUAUUUUCAGGACAUUUACACACAUUUUAGCCCCAAAUUCUCAUCACCUCAAUGAGGAAAAAAAUGCUGAAUUAUUUAAAUGUGUAUUUAAAAAUCACAGUAGUACUCCCUUGGUAGUGCCUUUAAUUUUCUCUGGUUUUAAUUCAGAAACUCAUUGUACAACAGCAUCUUUUUUUAUUGUAAUACAGUAAAAACUUACGGUAAUGAGAAGUUGGGGGAUAAAAUGUCCUGAAAGUAAUGUCACAAAACAAGAUGGUCUUAAUGGUCCUAAAUGCAGGCUUAAUUUUCUUUAUGCAAAAUAUAAUUUACACUUUUUUCUUUUUUUUUUUUAUUAAUCUGGGGUUUUUCUUGGACUUGUUUUGUGGAAUCACCCCAUAUCAGUUAUAUUAGCCUAAUUCUAAAGUUUUGGGAUACUGGGUAAUAAAUGUAAAUGUGCAUACCCAAACAUAUUGUCUGUGUGAUAAGUGUUAAAAUAUCAAAUAAAAACAGAACAAUGUAUGUCUCGGUACAGGAUUGCAGAUUUUGAACAGCAUUGCUGAGGUUCACUUUUUCACUUGAGCCAUUGAGCUCAUU